AUGAGCGACGAGGAAACGAAAAAGAAUGCCUUGAACCAGGUUGAGUUCUACUUUGCCGACUCGAAUUUGCCGUUUGACAAGUUUCUCUUCUCGCAGACGCGCAAGGACCCGCAGGGCUGGGUGCCUAUAUCAAUGAUUGCCUCGUUCAAGCGCAUGCAGCCGAUUCGCGAUGCGAUUGGCGAGGCGGGCAUUGCCGACGCACUGCGCAACUCUGCUUCGUUGCUUGAGGUGAACGAGGCGGGCAGCCAUGUGCGCCGCACCAAGGAGCUUGUCCAGGUUCCGGACGUGCAUGCGCGCAGCAUUUAUGCCAAAGGGUUUCCGGAUGAGUACGAAAGCCUGCAGGGCGAACUCGAGUCUUUUUUUGCACAGUUUGGCAAAAUUAACGGCGUGCGUAUGCGCCGCGAGACGGAGGUGCCACGCAAGUUUAAGAACAGCGUGUUUGUCGAGUUUGCGAGUGCGCCGGAAAUGGCGACCUUUUUGAAAUCGGCAAGCGCCGAAAAUCCCGUCGAGGAUGGCGGGCACGGCAUUGCGUUCAAAGACAUCAAGCUUCAGGUAAUGAGCAAACCCGCAUACGUGGAGAUGAAGAUGAAGGAGAAGGGGAUCGACCCCAACAGCAGGUCUGGCAAGGGUCCACGCAAGUUUAACGCGUUCCGCGAGUUGGAGCGCGAGCGCAACAGCGGCAGCCACAAUGCCGGCGCUAGCCGCACAGAGCCGCUCGAGUUUGAGUACAACGGCAAGACGCUCACCACCCACCCCGAUGGCUCCAUCGAUGCGGAGCAGGUUGUUUUCCCUGCACAAAGUGUCUUGCGCUUCUCUGGCGCCGGCAAGGGCGGCAGCUGGAAAGAUUUAAAAGACACGCUUACUACAUUGCAUCCCACCUCGUUUGUAGAGUUUCCGGGCGACGCUGAGAGCGGCGCUGUAGGAUUCCGCGAGCCCGUCUCCGACUCCAAGCUCGAGGAGAUCAAAGGCAAAACAAUCACCGUGGGCGGGCAGCCGGUCGUGUGGGAGCGCGUCGAGGAGGACAACGCCAAGGACUUUUACGUCGAGCGCGCCAAGUUCCGCGCUAACUUUUUGCUCGACCGCCGUGAGGCCGAUCGAAGUGCGCCGCGCGGCGGGCGCGGUGGGCGCGGCCGGGGUCGUGGCCGCGGCGGAUUCCGUGGGCGUGGUGGCGACAAGCGCAAGCGUGACGCACCGCCUCAAGUCGGCGCCGCAAAGCGGUCCAGGAGCGAUUAG